GCCGUCACUGAUGGAUGACGCGCUACUCUGCUGGGAUUGCAUUCACAUCACAUAAGAUAUCGAAAAUGAUAGAACAUGGUCAGAUAGAUUGAAUUGCCCAAUAUUUGACAGAGAGAGAAAGGGGAGAAGGCAUUAUUGUAUCUCGAGCCAUUCUUGCCUUCGCACUCAUCCCAUACAUAUCUAAGUCCUGUCCUGUACUGCACAUUGAUCCGAAUCAUUCGCACGCAGAGUUUUCCGGACAACACUUUUCUUUCGCUUUAUUGACUGGCGGUUUCUUUUUGCCUACUCUACUUCACUCCCUCCUUACUAGACACAGAUCCGUCGCAAAGUCGGUAUAAACAAAACCUUACAAGACUGCACUUUCAUCCUUUUCUCUCUUAGGGCCUUCGACGAUUAUCAAAAGUAUCGAAUCGCAGCGAUUUCUGACACCACGCCCUAUCAAAACCCCACCCCAUCGUUCUUACCCACUCACUCAACUCCACUCCGCCAAUUUAGACCAAAGUCGGAAGGCACUGAUCAUGAUUCAGUUUGAAAAAGGAAUAUGUUGAAGUCGCCAUCACUGACCAGAUCCCAAGCUUCCCCUACUCUCUAUCACUAUGCACCUACUGCGACACGACCCUCACUGUCGCGCAGAACGUCGGCUGCAAACAAACCUUCUCCUUCGCCACAAUCACAACCACAACCACAACAGCAAUCGAUACCCCAGUCGCAACCAAAGAAAUGGGUCUAUGUUGAUGCGUCGACGCAGUGGAGUCCUCCCAUGAUGCCUUCUAGGAUGGCAGAUGGAGCAUCGCCGUCCGUGGAAGUGAAAGUAGAAGAUCCUCCUCCUGAACCCACCAUUGCGCCAGAGCAACCCAACGCCAAUGUAUUACGAAAUAUAAACCCACCAAUACAACCGGAAUCACCAAGCAUGAAGAGACGCCAAUCGGCAAUCGAAGAUGCGCAUACUCCCAGUAAAAAGGAGUCCCUCUCGAAGAGAGUGAAACCUCAAGCGUCCGUGAAGAUUUUGCCUCGACAGUAUGAGCACUGUGAAGAAGAGGAUAUGGUCAUUCUUAUAGCUAGCAUGAUCGCAGAAUUGAUUCAAAGAAAUGAUGCUCUUCCUCCUCAAGGCGGGGUGUUAACACGCUUUCAUUCCAGAUCACCUCCUGGGAUUUCUGUUCUUGAUUAUCUGGCGCGGCUUGCAAAGCAUGCAACCCUGAAACCUCCUCUUCUACUUUCUAUGGUUUAUUAUAUUGAUCAACUUUGCGCAUCAUACCCUGCAUUCACAAUUACAACAUUGACUGUUCAUCGAUUUUUGAUCACAGCAGCGACGGUAGCCUCAAAGGGACUUUCAGACAUUUUCUGGAACAACUCUACGUAUGCGAGAGUUGGCGGUGUCAAACUGGCAGAAUUAGGAUUACUGGAGCUUGAAUUCCUACACCGUGUUGAUUGGAAAAUAAUCCCAAAACCAGAAAUGUUGACCGAUUAUUACAAAGGGUUGAUUGAGCGAAACGAGCGUUAUAAAAUGGAAGGAGAUGUGACGGAUGAAUCUGAUGAAUUGGAAGACGACGAUGAAGAAAGCGACGAACCUGAUACCCCCGAGCAAGCCGAGGUUGGAGUUGACGCAGAUAUGAGUGACACGAAGGAGUCAGAUGCUCCAAAUCAUAAGACAGAGUCUGGACACGAAGAGUCUUCACGGUCAGAAGGACCCUGAUUGCGUCUUAUAAUACCCCUUUCUCUUUCGCCUUGAUUCUUUGGUUUUAUGGCGUUGGGUAGGAGUAUUUUUACACGGCAUUGAUGAAUAGAUCAAGGGGUGCCUCGGUUUUGUCUGUUUAUGAGGGAAUCAUGUAUAUACUCGAGUUGAAAUGCAAACAACAUUAUUUGCCAAAUCGAAUACUUAUGAAAAGCGGUUACUUUCGUAGGCAAACAGUGAUGUUAUGUCAAAUUGGUAGAGAAGAAACACAAAUUGGUCUGGGGACAUUAUAGGCAAUAAUCCAAUUUCUUGAAUCGAGGCCGUAACC